CCUUAUUUCAGACUUUUUCGCGAAUAUUUAUUUGAAGAAAAAGUAGUUAUAUCGGACAUUAUCACCACAAAUAUGAGCACGGAUUUGCCAGUGCUCCUCGCAGCAGUGUCGAUACUGUCUGCUCUCCAUCUGGCAUUUCAGGCAAGACGUGUGGGAUGGUCAAGGAUGAAACAUAAAAUUAUGCCACCCGCUGUUACCGGCCCACCUGAGUUUGAAAGGACAUUUCGUGCACACCAGAAUAGUGUAGAGUCAUAUUCCAUUUUCUUGGUGGUAUUGUGGAUCUCUGGCAUCUUUUUCAGUGAAGUGCUUGCUGCUCUUGGAGGACUUCUGUAUAUUGUGGCCAGAGAAAUGUACUUUACUGGCUAUAUUAAUGAAAGCAAGAAAAGGUUGAAAGGGUUUUACUUGGUGUUGUGCGCCCUGUUAUUCCUAACUGUGAUGGCUACCAUUGGAAUUAUUCAAUCGUUUUUGGACAAAUAUCUCAGGCGUCUCUAAAUAAUUUCAUCCAUUUUUAUUUUUUCAAAACAGUUUUCACCAGUUUAUUAAACAAAAGGCAUGUUAAAUGUAUACUUACACCAUACAUGUUUCAGAUAGACUUGUGUUUAUUAUGUUUCAUGUAUCAGUUUUUUAAUUCUAACAUUUAUAUUACAGUAUUGAUUCAGAGGACCCGUAUAAACUCUAAAUGAAUAAAUCACUGCUAUUCGCUUGUUAAAAGCAGGACCUUUAUGGUGAUUUGUGUGUUACAAUUUAUAGAUUUAUGCUGAAAGGAAAAAUGGGUCUUAUUAUAAAUGCAGAUUGUCUUGAGAAACAUUAAAGUGUUAUUGUCACUUUGUCACUUCCUUUCCUAUUUAGAGUAUUUUUGAACAGGUUAGAACUUAUAAGCUGAAGUCAAAAGAAAUUAAUAAACCUUUUAAAUAUUUUAA